AUGUCCUCCUCUGAUCAUGACCCCAACGCACUCUCAGUACGCGUAAAUUCAGCUCGCAUGCCAAAAUUUCUCAACAAACACGUCCGUCUACCUUGUAAAGUGCUAAAGUUGAGUGGCGAUAGUGCGACCGUGCAAGCGAGCGAUGGAGGGGAGGUUAACGUCCAUCUCCUUCCGAAUGAACAUAUUACGGAAACUUACGUUGAGAUUAUAGGCAAAGUCGUUGAACCAACGAUGAUUCAAAUGCUCGCAUGCAUAAACCUUGGUCCAGAUCUCGACCUCAAGCUUGUCAACGACACCAUUGAACUCAUCCAUGAUUCCCGUUUUUAUGGCAAGAUGUUUAGCUGA